AUGACCUCAUUGAUCUCCCAUGUCUCAACAUCUGAGCACCCUAAGAUCAAACUCUACACCAACCAUGGAUGUGGUUGGUCUCAGCGUGUGCAAAUUACAUUGAGAGAACUCAAGCUUCCAUAUGAGGAAGUUCUUCUCGACCUUGACAAGCCUAGGCCAGAUUGGUUCUUGGAGUUGAAUCCGCGCGGCCUUGUCCCUGUCCUGCAAUACACACCUGCAUCAACUCCAGAGAAGACACACACGCUGACCGAGUCGGCCUUGAUCAUAAACUUUCUGACCUCAUUGCAUCCAUCGCAUUUGACACCAUCAGGCCCUCCCAGUGUCGAAGACAGCUAUCGACAGUAUCUUACAUCCUUCCUAACCGACACCUACUUCACCAAGAUCAACCCAUUGAUGUUUAAGCUUGUCGGUGCCACGACACCUGAAGCGAAAGAGCAAAUCAUCGAUAACAUCCUCACCAAACUCCAGAAUGACAUUGAGCCUCUCCUCGUCCAACACCUUGGCAAGACCGCCGUGGAGAUCCAAUCCGACCUUGAGCCGACAUACUUCCUCUCCUCGCCACACCUGACCCUGGCGGAGAUUAGCAUCGUUCCCUUCUCCAUGCGGCUCCUGGAAUUUAGCAACGGCUCGGUUUUCCCAAAGACACUGAGGAAGCGAGCCGAGGCUGAGACGCCUGUCUUCUAUGCGUGGUCGAACCGCACCAUGGCCAAUCCCCACGUCUGGGAAUACUGGGGCGACUCCGCGUACUGGAUCGCCCGCAUCGAGGAGCGCUUGCCCGCAGCGCGGGAGAAGUAUCGUGAUUCGUGA